AUGGAACGUAUUCCCUUCGAACUUAUCACUGAGGUGCCCCCCAUCACCAGAUACUGGUCCAUUGGCGUCGUUGCUCUUGCAGCAUUGGAGAAGUAUGGUUUUCUCUCCAGCUUGGACUUGCUCUACUCCUUCGACUCAGUCUUCAGAAACAGCCAGUACUGGCGUCUUAUCACCACCUUCUUCUACUUUGGCAGCUUGAACUUUGACUUGUUCUUUGUUCUCUUCUUCAUGGUCAGAUACUCCAGGUCGCUAGAGGAAAACAUCUCCCGGUCCAGAGACUAUUUGUGGAUACUCUUCAUAAACUCAGUGCUACUCAUCAUCUACUCGUCCUUCAUCUAUCCCUUGUCGAAGCUAGGCCCCAAAUUGCAGGAAGCCAUCAUCUAUAUCUGGUCAAGAAGAAACCCCAAUGUCAGAUUACAGCUUUUCGGGAUCAUUGAGUUCAGUGCUGCCUACUUGCCCUUUUUUUACGCCAUUUUUAACCAUCUUCUAAGACAGUUGCCCUUGAGAGGCACCCUUGUCGAUAUUAUCAUUGGCCAUAUAUACUUUUAUUUUCAAGAUAUCUUUCCCAAAAUUCAUGGUUAUUAUCCUUUUAAUCCUCCUUGGAAAUGGGUGUGGGUUCAAAAUAGACUAAAUCACUAA